CAUUUGCUAGAGCGCACGGCCUCUCGCGCCUUGAGAUGAAGCGUGUUUUCUCAGUGCUAGAAAAGACUUGGCUUGGCACACCAAUACAAUUUACCUGGCAAAAAACAUCAGGAAACUACCUUGCAAUAACAGGAGCUGAUUAUAUUGUGAAAAUCUUUGAUCGCCAUGGUCAAAAAAGAAGCGAAAUUAGCUUACCUGGUAACUGUGUUGCCAUGGAUUGGGAUAAAGAUGGAGAUAUCCUAGCAGUGAUUGCUGAGAAAUCUAGUUGCGUUUAUCUGUGGGAUGCCAACACAAAUAAAACCAGCCAGUUAGACAGUGGCAUGAGGGAUCAAAUGUCUUUCCUUCUUUGGUCAAAAAUUGGAAGUUUCCUGGCUGUUGGAACUAUUAAAGGAAAUUUGCUUAUUUAUAAUCGCCAGACAUCUCGAAAGAUUCCUGUCCUUGGAAAACAUACUAAGAGAAUCACAUGUGGAUGUUGGAAUACAGAAAAUCUGCUUGCUUUAGGUGGUGAAGAUAAAAUGAUUACAGUUAGUAAUCAAGAAGGUGACACGAUAAGACAGAUACCAGUGAGAUCAGAGCCGAGUAACAUGCAGUUUUCCAUGAUGAGGACAGAAGACCGAAGCUCUGCUGCUGAAAGCACAAUAAGUAUGGUGCUUGGCAAGAGAAAUUUUUGUCUUUUUAAUCUGUAUGAUCCAGAUAAACCAACUGACUUGGAAUUUCAGCAGCACUAUGGCAACAUUGUCUGCUAUAGUUGGUGUGGUGAUGGCUACAUUGCGAUUGGUUUUUCACGUGGAAUUUUUGUGGUCAUUUCUACUCAUGUUCCAGAGGUUGGUCAUGAGGUACUUCAAGGUCGUAACCAUAGAGAUAAUCUAACCGGCAUUGCAGUUUCACACACUCUUAACAAAGUUGCUACAUGUGGAGAUAACAGCAUUAAAAUGUAUGACUUGGCAGAAUUAAAAGACGUAUAUACUAUGGUCAACCUGGAUGAUGAAAAUAAAGGAUUGGGUACCAUGUCCUGGACAGAUGAUGGUCAGCUGCUGGCAUUGUCUACCCAGAGAGGCUCACUUCAUGUUUUCCUGACCAAACUUCCCAUUCUCGGGGACGCCUGCAGCACACGGAUUGCGUAUCUUACCUCCCUCCUUGAAGUUACCGUAGCCAACCCUGUUGAAGGAGAGCAACCAGUCACAGUUUCUGUUGAUGUGGAACCCAGCUUUGUAGCAGUAGGUCUUUAUCAUCUGGCUGUAGGAAUGAAUAAUCGAGCUUGGUUUUAUGUUGUUGGAGAGAAUGCUGUGAAAAAAUUGAAAGAUAUGGAGUAUCUGGGAACAGUAGCCAGUAUUUGCCUUCAUUCUGACUAUGCUGCUGCACUUUUUGAAGGCAAAGUCCAAUUACAUUUGAUAGAAAGUGAAGUCUUAGAUGCUCAAGAAGAACGUGAAACUCGACUUUUCCCAGCAAUGGAUGAUAAGUGCCGUAUUUUAUGUCAUGCCUUAACUGGUGAUUUCCUCAUCUAUGGUACAGAUACUGGAGUCAUUCAGUAUUUCUACAUUGAAGAUUGGCAGUUUGUUAAUGAUUAUCGACAUCCUGUUAGUGUGAAAAAGAUUUUUCCUGACCCAAAUGGGACCAUAUUAGUUUUCAUUGAUGAAAAAAGUGAUGGAUUUGUCUACUGUCCAGUUAAUGAUGCUACCUAUGAGAUUCCAGAUUUUUCACCAACCAUUAAAGGUGUUCUUUGGGAAAACUGGCCAAUGGAUAAAGGUGUAUUUGUCGCUUAUGAUGAUGAUAAGGUGUAUACUUAUGUCUUUCACAAGGACACUAUACAAGGAUCCAAGGUUAUUUUGGCUGGUGGCACCAAAGUUCCCUUCUCUCAUAAACCUCUGCUGCUAUAUAAUGGAGAGUUGACCUGCCAGACACAGAGUGGAAAAAUAAACAGCAUCUACCUUAGCACCCACAGCUUUCUGGACAGCUUAAAAGAUAAGGGGCCUAAUGAACUGAGACAAAUGCUGGCACAGACUUUAAUGCUAAAAAGGUUCUCUGAUGCUUGGGAAAUGUGCAGGAUUCUGAAUGAUGGGGCUGCCUGGAAUGAGUUGGCCAGAGCUUGUCUACACCACAUGGAAGUGGAGUUUGCGAUCCGUGUUUAUAGGACAAUUAGAGAGGUUGGCAUAGUAAUGUCCUUGGAACAAAUAAAGGGAGUAGAGGACUACAAUCUUUUGGCAGGACAUCUUGCCAUGUUUACUAACGAUUUCAACCUGGCUCAGGACCUGUACCUUGCAUCCAGCUGUCCUGCUGCUGCCCUGGAGAUGAGAAGGGAUUUGCAGCAUUGGGACAGCGCUUUACAGCUGGCAAAGCGUCUGGCCCCAGACCAAAUACCAUUUAUAUCAAAAGAAUAUGCUAUUCAGCUUGAAUUCACGGGUGAUUAUGUAAAUGCUUUGGCACAUUAUGAGAAAGGAAUGACAGGUGAUAAUAAGGAACACGAUGAGCUGUGUCUGGCCGGAGUGGCCCAGAUGUCCAUAAGAAUGGGGGACAUACGCCGCGGGGUUAACCAGGCCCUCAAGCAUCCCAGCAGGGUCCUGAAAAGAGACUGUGGAGCCAUACUGGAGAACAUGAAGCAAUUUUCAGAAGCAGCGCAACUAUAUGAAAAAGGUCUCUACUACGAUAAAGCAGCAUCUGUUUACAUCCGCUGUAAGAAUUGGGCAAAAGUUGGUGAGCUUCUGCCUCAUGUUUCUUCUCCUAAGAUCCACUUGCAGUAUGCCAAAGCUAAAGAAGCAGAUGGAAGAUACAAAGAAGCUGUUGUGGCUUAUGAGAAUGCAAAACAGUGGAACAGUGUGAUCCGCAUCUAUCUGGAUCACCUCAAUCAUCCUGAAAAAGCUAUCAGUAUUGUCAGAGAGACCCAGUCUCUGGAUGGAGCCAAAAUGGUAGCCAGGUUCUUUCUACAGCUAGGUGACUAUGGGUCCGCCAUCCAGUUUCUUGUCAUGUCCAGAUGUAACAAUGAAGCUUUUACACUGGCUCAACAACACAACAAAAUGGAAAUCUAUGCAGACAUUAUUGGUUCUGGAGAUACUACUAAUGAAGACUAUCAAAGCAUUGCCUUAUACUUUGAAGGGGAAAAAAGACAUUUUCAGGCUGGAAAAUUCUUCUUGCUGUGUGGCCAGUAUUCACGAGCACUUAAACACUUCCUGAAAUGCUCCAGCUCAGAAGAUAAUGCAGCACUAGAAAUGGCAAUUGAAACGGUUGGUCAGGCCAAAGACGAACUGCUGACCAGUCAGCUGAUAGACCACCUCAUGGGAGAGAGUGACGGCAUGCCCAAGGAUGCCAAGUACCUGUUCCGCUUGUACAUGGCUCUGAAACAAUACCGAGAAGCUGCCCGGACUGCCAUCAUCAUCGCCAGAGAAGAGCAGUCUUCAGGAAACUAUCGGAAUGCACAUGACGUUCUCUUCAGCAUGUACGCAGAACUUAAAUCCCAGAAGAUCAAAAUUCCCGCUGAGAUGGCCACCAGCCUCAUGAUCCUGCACAGCUAUGUACUGGUGAAGAUUCAUGUUAAAAAUGGAGAUCACAUGAAAGGGGCACGCAUGCUCAUCCGGGUGGCCAACAACAUCAGCAAAUUCCCAUCACAUAAGCCACCAGGGGCAAGAGAAGUGAACUAACCUUUGCCCAAGAUCACAUCGUCAGCCAGUAAAAAUCUGACUCCACAUUCUCAACUACAGUGGAAUGUUGCACCAGAAAAAGCUCCAUUAUUCUAAAAGACAAGCGAUUGUAACAUUCUCAGAUGACUUGAUUUUGUCACAUUCUAUGACAGGCUCAGCAGACUUUUUCUGUAAAGGGACAGAGGUUAAGUGUUUUGUUUGACUCUACCACUUUGUCAUGAAUUAUACAUAAAUGAACGAACAUGACUGUGUUCCAAUAGAACUUUAUUUUGGACACAGAAAUGUGAGCCUCAUAUAAUUUUAACAUGUCACAAAGUAUUAUUCUUCUUUUGAUUUUGUUUCAACCAUUUAAAAAUGUAAAAGCCAUUACUUAACUCACAGGCCGUACAAAAAGUCAAAGGACCAGAUUUGGCCCAUGGGUUAUAAUUUGCCAAUCCCUGUUGUCUAAACUUACUCUUUUUUGUUACAUGAAGAACACUUUAAAAUAAUUUUGUACCAUGCUGGCAAAGGGUAGGAUAGGACAAGCACUCUCAUGGUUGCUGGUGGGAAUGGAAAUUGGUAUGGCCUCUCUAGAAAGCAGCUGGGGGGGGGGGUGGUAAAAAUAUUUUUUAAAGGUCAUGUUCUUUGAGCCAGUGAUUCUGAGCAUCUGUCCUGAAGGAAGAAUUCGACGCAUGAGGAGAGGUUGGUGCAUGAAGUAACUGAUCUCCCUAACCCACUUAGCAGCGGCUCUGUCCGAUGCAAAGUGCAGCUCAGAGGUGUGGAAAGAUACUCAAGUGUUGCCUCCAAGGUGCAGGUCCCGGUGUCAGAAGCAAAACGUGGUAUAAUCGAGGCAAAGACACGCACGGGGCCAGUUAGCCUGACUGCACUGCUGUGCCAGUGCCUCACUCAGCAGCAGGUAUCGGGUGCUUCACAGCAAAAGCAGGGUUCAGAGGGAUGUGAUCCUGUGUCCUCGGAAUCAGGCACGCUGUCCUGCCGUGCCUGAGGCACACGCUCCUCCUGCUCUCCCCUUUGUCUUGCAGACAUUGUAGCAAUCCUCACGUCCACUGUGAUCGAGUGUCACAGGGCAGGCCUGAAGAACUCUGCUUUCAGCUUUGCAGCUAUGUUGAUGAGGC